UAUUGAUCAUGACUUCCACAAAGGAGCAGGCAGCCAUCAGCAGACUGAUGGGGUUCUUGCAGGAAUGGGACAAUGCUAGCAAAGCUGCUCGUAGCCACAUACUGGAUAAUUUCAUUAAGGCAAAUCAAGGAAAGACGGGGCCAGAGUUGGAGCUGGAAUUCUCACAGGGAGCCAGCUUGUUUCUGGCCCGCCUAACAUCCUGGCUGAGGCUGACCUACAUGUAUGGAAUAUACCUAGAUCAGCAGCUAAAGUCCAUUGGCAUCUUUCUGUCAGCUGCAAGUAGCCACAGGUAUCUUAUUGAAUUUCUGGAGGUUGGAGGUGUCCUGACGCUCCUGGAAAUACUAGGGCUGCAGCAACUGAAAGAAGAGGACAAAAGGGAGUCGAUAAAGCUACUCCAACUCGUAGCAAACGCUGGCAGGAAAUAUAAGGAGCUCAUUUGUGAAAGUUAUG